CGUGUGUGUGUGUGUGUGUGUGUGUGUGCGUGUUCAGUAGUGUCCUCCAGUGGGCGAUAGAAGGUGGAAGGUCGCAACACCUGCCUACCUACAUCAACGCCUCCUUCAGUAUCACUCUAGCGCCGCUUCUUCCUCUUCUUCCGUUUCCUCCUCUUUCAUCUCCACUUUCGUGCUUUACCUCCUUCCUCCUCCUACACCUCUCUCUUCUUACGUUUCCUGUUCCUCUUCCAUCUUCACUUUUCACUUCUUCCUCCUCCACUUCUUUCAUGUCCUCCUCGUGCUCCACUUCUUUCAUCCCCUUCUCCUCCUCCUUCACUUUCUCUUCCUCUUCUUCCCCCUCCUCCUCCUUCACUUCUCUCUCUCCUCUUCCUCCUCCUCUACUUCUACUUCGCUCUUUCUCUUCUCCCUCGUCCUUCCCCACUUCUUUUACCUCCUACUCCUCAACAGCAGAUGUCUCCAGUCCUCCCGCACAGAAAACCCAUAACCCAUCACACUCCGAAGUCCUCCCCUCAAAUCCAGCGCCCUAAGAAGCCACUCCCGCCGCCGCCGCCGCCGCCGCCUCCAGCAGAGCCCGCCCAGCCAGCCAACAUGUCUUCUUCAGGGAGGCUGGAUGGGGGCCUUUGCUGCUCCGUAUGCAUGGAGGGCUACACGGAAGAGGAGCGUCGUCCCCUCAUGCUCCCAGCCUGUGGCCACACCUUCUGCAAACAGUGCAUGUCAACCGUGAUGGCGCGAGAAGGGGAGAGAGGUACUUUCCUCUGCCCCACUUGCCGGCGCCCCCAGCCUGUGAGAGCUGUGGUGGACCUGCCCGUCAAUUAUUCUCUCCUAGAGGUGGCGCGGAAGGAGGCUCUCUCUUCUGGAUCCUCCUCCGCCACCAGCAGUAAUUCUCGCCACAAGGAAGACGUCCCUAAGCCUGGGGAGAGCUGCCCUGAGCACGGUUCCCGUCUGGCCUUCUGGUGCGUGAGCUGUGAGACAGCCGCCUGUGGAGAGUGUCUCUUUGACCGGCACCCGAGACCAACCCAUGACCUCAUCCGCCUCCAGGACCAGCUGCACACCCUUCAGGAGAGAACGCGGAUUCGGGCGGUGCGUCUUGUGAGUCAGUUGAUAUCCGCAGCGGAAGAGAACGUGGCGGGAGUGCGGGCGGCGUUGGUGAUGGUGGUGGAGUACCUCCGACAAAGAAAAGUUUUGGACGAUCUGGCACGGAGGGCGAGGACAGCGCGGGAGGCAGCAAAGGCAGCACGAGAUUAUGGCGACGUCACCUCUGUCAGGGACACCAUCGAGGCCAUUCAGAGGAACUUUGAGGAAGCGGCGAUCACAACCACUAACAGGGUGUGUGUCAGCGACCCGCCAAGUCCCUCCCGCUCUUCCUCCUCUUCCUCCCCAAGCUCACCCUCCACCUCCAUGGGAUCUUCACCGGUUGAAGACCCACAUCCGACAUCUGUCGGCGACCUUCACGUCUCUCAGGAGACGACUCUGGAGAGGUCCCCGCCCACCAAUGAGCCUCAGGUGCCAGACAAACACUCCGUUCUGUCCCCAGCUUCGCCACCGGCCUCCGCCACGCCUCUCACCUCCCCACCCCUGCCGCCGGCGACCCUGGCCUGGUCCUCCCCACCAAGGGACGCCCCAAACACACCGUCACCGCCGCUAGCAGCGCCGCCCACCUGGCCGCCCCUGCUGUGUGGUGCCCUCAGCGGCAACUGGACCUCAAGCAGAAUAAGCCUCGAGCCGCGGGGCCUCCACGUCUACGCCCUCAGGCCCAUGAAGGAUAAAUGUGACCUCUUCGUCAACAUGGGCGUGGUGACGGGCCUGGUGCCUCUGAACGCCCCCGAAGUAUUCCUGGAGCUGCAUGAUGGUAACGAGGCACUCGGCAGGGUUUAUAUCACCUUGCAGAGUCACCUCCACCGCGCUCAGCAGUUCCUCACCUUAUGUGUGGGUGAAAAAGGUCCUUCGUUCAGGAACUCCCUCUUCCACUCGGUGUUACGAAGGAGUGGCACAGGGGAGGGCCUCCUGGGCGGCGACUACGAAGGGAAGGCGGGGAAGGGCGGGGCUGCCAUCUUUGGAGGCGUACAAGGCGAGGAAGAGGUGGCGAAGAGAUGCGAGAGGGGAAUGGUGGUCCGUGGCAGUCCCCGAGCGGAGAUGGCGGCCCAGUUCUGCAUUAUGGUGCGGGACGGUCCAAGGAACAAGACUGUCUUUCCCUUCGGCCGGGUGAGCAAGGGCAUGAGCGUGGUGGAGGAGGCGUGCACCAGACCAGCGCUGACAGUGGGCGUGUUGGAGUGCGGCUGGGUCUUGCCUGUGUAAUAUUAUGAGAAGCCGAAGGAGAGGGCGGGGAAGUUAUUACAUCACCCGGAUAUCACGUGUUUUGUAAUGCUGGAAUCGACCUUCCAUUAAGUUUUGGGACGUGGCACCAAAACGCGCUACUAUUUCUUAGGUUAGUUUUGCAAUCAUAGUAACACAUUUACCUAUGAAUAAAUCCUGCACUGAGAAAGUUAUUAGGUCUGAGGUGAAAGUAUGGUGUCUGGUACGCACCAAGCAAGCUACUUAGGGGAGUAGAGGCCACGAGAUGAUGUACGAGCACAGUAUCCACGGCGCUCAUUGGGUGUUCAGGCAGAGGAAAGUGCGUGGUGUGGUGCAGUUACAAAAAUAGUGGGUCUUAGAACAGCAGUGGCAUGUAUAAGCAGACAAAAGGUUAUACAGAAGCACAAGUCUGAAUAAUCACAUAUAUGAAUGAAAACAUGUAAAGGAGAGUAAGGGACAUACAUUAUCAAACAUAAAUAAAAAUAAUAAAACAUUUUCAAGUAUUUCCUCUCUACUGCAUAGAGUCGUUCAAUCAUUAUGGAGACUAAGACACGUAAGUUUUGAAGGCGUGAUGAAUACAUACAAAUCAAGAUGUCGAAAGAGGAAAAGGCCUCAACAAAGCAUGCAGCACGGCACGCAGUGAGGAGUGAGAGUAGUGAGCAAUGGCUGCUAAAGUACCACUACUUUCUCAUAUGAAAAGCUGUUCCUAGAUAAGACUUAAUGUUCCACCUUUUCUACAAUGUAUUACUAUUCUACUACCAUUAAUUAAGCUCAUCACAAUAAUCAGAAUCAUCGUCGUUAUCAUCACCAUUACUGACAAUAUGUACUAUGAAAACCUUGGCAAUAAUAAAAUGUUUCUAACAAAGA